GAGCGCAAUAACUUCUUUAUCAGCAGUUUCGACUGCUACAAUAGCGUCGCUCGCUACAUUUUUUGAAGCGGUCUGAUGUUGUGAAACCCUUGACCCACGAUAUGUAAAUUCCAUCAGCUGAUGCUGUCAUAUGACUUCUCCGGCAUGGCUACCGUAGAUUAACAGUUCGGGAGCAGACUUGGUGAGAAACAGGCACGCGGAGCAGAUUAAUUGGGUUUUAACACUCUGAGGCACAGUGCACAGAACAAUGUAGUAUGGUCGUCGUUGGUUCCGCCUAUGUGCUCUGUAGUCGAGAGGUCGCACCCACCACGGAAUCAAGUGAUCGGGGGUGAGGUGCGGUCAGAGUCAUGCAUCCAUUUGGCCGGGAGGAAGAGAGCUCUCUGCAACAGCUCUUCGGCUUCUUCACGCUAUGUGCGCGGCGCGGGGAGUGGGAGCUGGCCAGAGCCUGCGUACCUCAGCUGAGGGACGCGGCGGACGGGUCCUCGCAGCGUCUACACGAUAUACUAAGGGCCCUGGUCACAUGUCCAUACCUGCUCAGGUGGGAAACGGUAGGCAGUCCUCAUCGACUGGCCUGGUUCUGGCUGCAGGUCUUGGAACGAUGGUCUCAGGAGCAGGUCGCCGUGUCUGUCCGCAGAGAGCUGGAGUUCCUGCUGGUGUUGGAGGAGCUUGGUGAUGAGGUCCCAGAAACAGUGCUCCAGGAGCUGCACCAGGCCUUCCUGGACUCCCAGCCCGGAGGGGGGCUCAGCGUGGGGGCGCAGUCCUGUCUGAGGGCCCUGCUGGAGGGGGGGCGGCCGCGACUCGCCCAGGCCCUCACCGGCUUCCUGCAGGGCCACGGGGGCGUCGGCGUGGGCGAGGCCGGGGCGGGGAGGGGCCAGGCCCUGACGGACACCUUCACCCAAUUCCUGCUGGAGAGGGUGGCCCAGUUGGGGCAGGAGGACGGGGAGGGGGAUGGGGCGGGGGCGGAGCGGCUGUACUCUGCCCUCGCCCUGAUGCCCUGGGACCCCGAGCGCGCGGGGGAGGGGCGGAGCCCGGCCCUGUGCGAGGCGUUGUGGGGCGCUGAGGGGCGCGGCCUGAGGGAGGAGAGGGUCCUGAGCUCCUUGCUCCGGCCCGGGAACCACGCCCUGCUCUGCCUGUACUGCGGCACCGCCCUGCGCCUACAGCGGGAGCGGCUGCUGAGGGACCCCUCCUGCACACAGGUGGACUUACCUGAAGCAGAGAGGAUGAUGCUGGGCCUAUGUUGUCAUGGAGACCGUGAAUCAGCCUGGAAAUCCAUCUACUUUGAAAGUCUGAGCAGCGGAAAACACUUCCUGGAGCUGGUUCUGGUGACAGCGCUGGACCUGGUCAGGAAGGAGGAGUUUGGCAGGCUGGAUGGCCUGCUGAGGGGGGAGUUCCGCCCCCUGUCCCGCCUGCUGCUGCUCCUUGGCUGGACUCAGUGUCAGAGUAUGGGCUCCGCCCAGACCCUCCUGCACACCCUGCACCACAGCCAGGCCCUGGCCAAUGACUCAGUCCUGAAAGAGUUUGGUGAUGGUCUGUCUACUCAGCUUGGGGUGCUCGAGUGGUGUGCCAAGAACAACCCGGGGAUCCCGAACGAGGCCCUGCUGGGACAGCUGCACACUCUGGACAGUCACUCUGCUCUGUACAUCCUGCACUCUCUCACCCCCCUGGCUCAGCUCGACGAGCACCAGGUCCUGGGCCUGCUGCAGGGGCUGCCCCACCCCCCCGGAUCCGGGGAUUCAGACCUUGUGGACGCGCCCAACCUGGCUGUCCAGAGGAACGUGAUCCUGUUCCAGGGCUUCUGUGCCAUGAAGUACGCCCUGUACGCCCUGUGUGUCAACGCCCACAAGUACUCGGGCUGCCGGGACUGUGGGGCCCCCGCUGAGCCCCCUCAGACCGAGGGAGGGGGGCCGAGAAAGCCUGACUCCAGCCUCUCACAAGAAUGCCCUGCGCUGUUCCAGCAGCACCUGUCGGAGUGCCAGCUCUACCUGGAGGCGGUUCCGGCCGUGUUCCGCCUGGAGCUCCUGGAGAACAUCUUCUCCCUGCUCUUCCUGUCCCAGUCCGACUUCCUGCCCCCGCAGGCGGGCCAGGGCACGCCCCCGCAGGGGGGCGCGGAGAAGAGUGACAUCACAGCGACCGGUACGGGCGCCGGAGAGGGGGAGCGGCAGGAGGAGGAGGAGGAGGAGACGGACGGAGGGACGGAACGGACCGAAGCACAGAGCGCUAGCGUUAGCGUUAGCGUUAGCCGCCUGGACCUGGCCCACCUGGCGCGGGGCUGCAGGGGCUUCCUGGUGGACGAGGCGGGCAUGGAGGGCUUCCUGCGGCUGCUGCGGGAGAGCCUGGAGGGGGUGUGCGUGGUGGGCCAGCGCGCGGGGCAGGAGGGCGGCCACGCCCUGCCGGGGGAGGCCGAGCUGGCCGAGGGCCUGGGUUGCUCGGUGACGGCGGAGGCGUUCGGCGCCCGGCUGCAGCGGCUGUCCAAGCGCACCGCCGAGGCGCAGUGGAGGCUGCAGAUCAUCGCCAGUAACCGCGGCAACGGCGGCGAUUUGAAGCCCCAGGCCUCCGCCGUGCCCAGCCCCUCCCUGUCCCUGAGACGGCACGCGGGGGGGAGGAGGAGGAAGAGGGCCUCCAAACACCGUCUGGAGGGCCGCAUGUCCACCGAGAAACUGAACGGGGAGGUCAGCACCAGCGCCUCAGAUGGAGGGGGCGGAGCCGGGGGCGGGCAGACGGAGCGGGGGGCGUGUCCCUGUGGCGGUCCCCACAGCUGGUUGGUUCCCGCCAUGCUGUCCCCGCCGGAGUCCCUCCUCAUGUCCUGCAUCCGCAGGGGGAAUUUUGUGGAGGCGCACCAGGUGUCUCUGAUGUUCGGGCUGGAGGGCUCGGCGUGCUGCGGGGAGCUGGUGUUCAUGGAGCGGUACCGCGAGGUUCUGCUGGAGCUGGCCGCGGUCGAGCAGAAGAUCGAGAGCCAGACGGCGGAGGCGCCGGGCGCGACCGGACCCGGGCGGAACCGACUCGGCAGCAACGGCCGAGCCUCCACCCUGCAGGCCAUCGAGAGCGCGGCCGCCGCCGGCAUGGCCUUCUACUCCAUCUCUGACGUGGCCGAUCGUCUGCUCAGCACCCCGGGGCACCCCGUGCCCUCCCUGGAGGAGGGGUACUGGCUGAGCCAGGGGCUCCCCGACCCCGCGGGGCACCUCCGGCCCCUGCUGGCGGAGCUCAGCCCCCCCGGCAUGGCGACCUUCGACCUGGCCUGCUGUCACUGCCAGCUGUGGAAGACGUCCCGCCAGCUCCUGGAGACGGCAGAGCGGAGACUCCUCAGCUCCCUGGAGGGCCGAGGGCUGAGAAUCGACCCGAAGGUGCGUCACUGCGAGGGGAUCCGGGGAUUCCCCGCCGUCCUGCAGGGGAUCAGCAAGAUCCUGAAUCGCACGACCAGCGGCAAGGGAUCCGCCAAGACCGACACAGCCAGUGAGGAGCAGGCCGACUCCGGCCCGUUUGGCUGCAGUGUGCAGGAGGUGCUGCUCUGCUGCCACCCGGUGCUGACGGAGGAGGCCCUCGCCGCCCGUCUGGGCCUGGCCCAGCGCCUGGAGCUCACCCUGCUCACGCUGGGCUCCGCCACCGACGCCACAGCUGAAACGCGGGGCGGCGGCGGCGGGCUCCUCUCGGCCCUGCUGGACCAGGCCAGCCUGCGGCCCUCGGAGCUGGACUCCCACCCGGUGCGCUCCCACAUGAAGCACCUGCUGCGUGCGCUGGACCACCUCUGCCCCUUCGAGCCCGACAGCGGCCCCUGCAGGCCCGACUACGUGCGCAGCUUCCUGGACUACGUCAACACGCUGGCGUCCGUGCUGGUGCGCAGCGUGGCCACGGAGGACCAGGUCAGCGAGGUGAAAUUGGGGAACCCCCUCCUGGUGCUCUUGCAGUCCCCCUCACAGCUGCUGUCCCAUCUGCUGUUUGAUCGACAGGUGUCCCCCGACAGGGUGUCGUCUCUGCUGCAGCAGGAGGCGUUGGGUCUGAGUGUGCAGCAGGUGACUGUGCAUCGCUGCUGUGAGCUGCUCCCCGUGUGGGACGGGCGCGUGAAGGCGGGGCGGGAGGCCGGGUCUCCGGCGGGGGCGGCCGUGUUCGGGCUGGGCGCCCUCACCGCCCUGCUCCAGCAGCACGCCCGGCAGCACGUCUCCGUCCUGGGGCUGUCCGCCCCCGCGCCCGACCCCGACCUCCAGUCCGAUUCCGAGGCCUCUCUGGAAGAAUCCGCCGCCACGCCGCCAACGCCCACCUCCCCGUCGUCUCCUCCACCCUCCUCCUUCUCCUCCUCUUCCUCCUCCUCCUCCUCGUCAUCCUCCUCCUCAUCCUCCUCCUCCAACUCCUUCCUCCUCACGCCCUCCGCGCUGUCCUUCCUGAAGUCGCGCUGCCCCCUCAUGGCCGCCCUCGCCUGCCUCAGCGCCUGCCGCGGCGGCGUCGCCCGGGCGACGUCCGGCUGGUCGGGCCUCCCCUCCUACUUCCGGCCGGGGCGCAAGGAGGCGGCGCUGGACGGCGAGCAGGUCUCCCGGGAGGGCGAGGCCCUGCUGAGGGAGUUCCCCGUCCUGCAGGCCCACCUGCAGGCCAUGGCCGAGCCCGUCCUGGGGGCCCCGGAGGAGGGGGGGCCGGGGCUGGGGGCCGCCCUCUGCGGGAAGCCCCUGCUGGGGCUGCUGCUCUCCGGGAUGUACCGGCCGUCCGCCUGCGCGCUCGCGGCCGAGGCCUUCCAGCAGGCGCUGGCUGCCCAGGACCUGGAGCGCGCCCUGAGCCUGCUGGAGCUGUACGCGCACAGCUGCGGCCAGCAGGGGGCGCUCAGGGACCGGCUGCUCGCCUGGGCCGCCCUGGAAGAGGGGGAGGGGUGCAUGGAGCAGCUGUUCCGGGUGCGGGAUGCUGACCUGCGGGCGCGGGUGGCCCUGCAGGGCCUGGAGCGUUGGCCCCUGGGGGCCGGUCUGGAGCUGCUGCAGUUCUGCCUGAGCGACACCCACACCGAGCCGGGCCUGAGGGCUGAGCUGGAGCUACGCAGGCAGGAGCUGGAGAUCUACAACCGGAUGCUGAACAUGGACAUUCCGUUGCCCUGGACAACGUGGCAGGAGCUGAGGGCGGAUUCUCAGAGUGACAGUGAGAAGGUCUUCUCCAUGAUGCUGGAAGCCAGUGAGUUUGAGCUGUGUGCGCAGUGGGAGCAGCUGUACCCGGUAUCUGCGCAGCUCAGACUGCAGCUGCAGACUGAACACCUGCUGCACCUGCUGGAGAGGAGUCAGACCGAGGAGGCCUUUCAGUUGCUGGAGAACCUUCCGGACUCCGCCGUGGGGCUGGAGGUGUGUGAGCGCGCUCUGGACCGCCGGCCCGGGCUGGCCGCGUGUCACUUCCUGGCCGACUACCUGACCCUGAACUUCCAGAGCCGCGUGUCGCCCGCUCGGAGACGGCACAUCCACGCCCUGCACCUGGGCUCCAAGGUGCUGCUGACGCUCCCCGCCGCCGCGCGGCUGGAUUACUUCCCGCUGCUCUCGGCCCCUCUGCUGAUGCUGGAGCAGCUGCUGAUGAACCUGAAGGUGGACUGGGCGGGCGUGGCCGUGCACACCCUGCGCAGCCUCCUGAUUGGCCAGGAGGCCAGCUUCAGCGGCGACGACAUCGACGCCCUGCUGUCCAGCUACGCCCGCAAGGCCCUGGACGUGCCCUACGCCCCCCGGGAGAGGAGCCGGUCGGACUCUGUCAUCAGUCUGCAGGACGUCCUGCUGCAGUGCCCCGCUCAGGAGAGCUGCCCCCCCUCCCCCCGAGGGGAGACGCCUCCCCCUGCUGCAGGCAGCACCCCCCAGCACACCCCGUCCCCGGCCUCAGCCGCCCGCAGAACCAGGUCUCCCGCCCAGUACAUCCCCCCGGACAAGCCUCCCCAGCGCAAAGACUGGAUCCCGGACCACCAGCAGCGCGUCUGCAUGGUCUGCCUGAGGGAGCGGUUUACGAUGUUCAACAGACGCCAUCACUGCCGGCGCUGCGGCCGGCUGGUGUGCAAUGCCUGCUCCGAACACCGGAUGGCGCUGGAGGGAAGCGCUGAGGUGGCGGCGCGCGUGUGUGACCAGUGCUACAGCUUCUUCCACCAAGAUGCUGAGGAAGAAGUGGAUCAGGCAGAAGCAGGCAGCCCUGCGGUCACUGAGGGGGCGUUUGGGGGAGUCCUGUGUCUGCCGGAGGUUCCCCAGCACCAGUACCGGCUCACCCUGAACCCCACUGAGAACCAGCAGCUGCAGUUUGAGUUCUACUACGAGCAGGCCCCCAGCGCGUCCCUGUGCGUGGCCAUCCUCUCCCUGCACAGCGACCACAGCUCCUGCGGCGCCCAGCUGGUGGCGCACUGCCGCGCGCUCUCGCGCGCCCUCACCAACCCCGAGGUGGACGCCCGUCUGCUCACCGACAUCAUGCGCCAGCUGCUCUUCAGCGCCAAGCUCAUGUUCGUCAGGGUGGGCCGGAGCCAGGACCUGGCCCUGUGCGACAGCUACAUCGGCAAAGUGGACGUGCUGAAGAUCCUGGUGACCGCCAACUACAAGUACAUCCCCUCCCUGGACGACAUCCUGGAGCCGGCGGCCGUGACACGUUUACGAAACCAGCUCCUGGAGGCGGAGCACUACCGGCUGGCCGUGGAGGUGUCCACUAAGAGCGGUCUGGACCCUGGAGGGGUGUGGCAGGCGUGGGGCGUGGCCUCCCUGAAGGCGGGGAACCUGAGCGUGGCACGGGAGAAGUUUGCCCGCUGUCUGAAAGCUCCUGUGGACCGGAACCAGCUGAACCAGGGCUCCAGGCUCCUCCAGGAGAUCAUUCUGCACCUGGAGUCCACGGUCCGGCCCACACUGACGCCGAACACUGAGGAGGACAUCCUGGCCUCGCUGAGGGAGCUGGAGGACGCCCUCUCGGACCAGGGGCCGGCGGAGCGUCCCGAGGGGAAGGUGCAGCACAGCGCCCACUACCAGGAGUGCCUGUACUACCUGCAGAACUACGGCACGCACCUGGCGCUCGUCAGCUUCUACAUGCGGCACGACAGCGUGAAGGAGGCGCUCAGCCACCUGCUCAGCAAGGAGUGUCCGGAGGAGGUGUUCCUGGAGGGGGUGCUCCAGCCCUGCCUGGAGACGGGCCGUUUGGGGGCCCUGCAGGGCCUGCUGGAGGGCCUGGACCCGGGGCUGGAGGGCUGGAGCCGCUACCUCAUCGCCGCCUGCCACCUGAUGCAACGCCGCGGCCACUUCCACACCCUGUUCCAGCUGCAGCAGUUCAUGAUGGACCACGUGCGGGCAGCCAUGACGUGCAUCCGCUUCUUCACGCACGGCGCCCAGUCCUACCUGCAGCUGGGCGAGCAGCAGCGCUGGCUGGUCAGGGCCAAGGAGCACCUGAGGACCUACCUGCAGGAGCAGCAGGGCCGGGGUCCCGGCCGCAGGAGGGCCACCAGCUCCUUCCGCAAGAAGAUGUCCUCCAGCGACGUGUCCAGGCACAUUAACACCAUCGAGCUGCAGCUGGAGGUCACGCGCUUCCUGCAGCGCUGCGAAAGCUCCGCCUCCUCCCGCGCCCACGCCGCCGUUGCCACGGAGACGGCCGGCACCGCCGCGCCCCCGACCCUGUUCGGGGUCAGCUCCAUGAAGAUCGACGUGGCCUGCAAGGUCAUGGUCGGAGGGAAGAACAUCGAAGAGGGGUUUGGCAUCGCCUACAGAGUUAUCCAGACUCUUAGAGCUCUGUCGGUGUACACGCGCGUGGGGCAGCGGUUGGUGCGCCAGCGGCAGUUUGGGGCGGUGAGGCAGCUGCUGAAGUGCGUGGGCGAGUCGGGCACCGCCACCAAGGGCGACUGCGACAGCAUCGUGCUGAGCUGCGUCCUCAUCGCCGACAAGGGCCCCGCCGACGCCAAAGAGCUGGAGGGUCUGAUUCUGGAGUCAAAAAGCACAGACAAUAAGAUUAAGGCCUACCUGCUGUGCAGAAAGCUACGUGCGGCCUACCUGCUGGCGGUGAAGCUGGACGCGGGCGGGGCGGGGCCCCUGGUGCAGGAGAUCCUGCAGGCUGCCGAGGGCACGGGCGACUCCAUCAUGCAGAACAUCUGCCGCCAGUGGCUGUCCGAGCACCAGGACCGGGCGCCACGGCAACGCCAGGGCCGCGGCAGUAACAGAUGACGCAGGAGAGGUGGGAGGGGGGCCGCGGGACCCGCCGCGGAAUCUCCCGCCGCAGACGUCACGGGAUGAUCUUGCCGCGGACAAAUUCGCAAAUUCGACACUUUUUCGACGUCAAGCCGACACUUUUGAGUGCCCGGGACGGGCGUCCUGUACCUCCGGACUUUUGUGCGGUUGCAGACGCCCGUCAGACGUGUCUCACUCUGAAACACCACUGUGCCAAUACCGCCACCUGUACAGACCCCCACAGGUGCCAACACUGUGCCACCUCCCCGGACCGGACCGGGACACCACUGAGCCUCCUGUCCGGGGGCUUCCGCUCCUUCCCCUGACUGAUCUACAGGACGCUCACCGUCAGAUCAUUUUUGUUGCUUUUUUUGUUGCUUUUUUUGUUGCUUUCCCCCACCCCUUCCCUACCUCAGUGAAAAAGGGAUCCUUACACGACCACUUUCACCCGUUUCAAAACGAGUACGCAUUCGCAGUAUGUUAUUGCGUGGAAUAGUACCGCAUGGUUUUUUCUGUCACCUUGCACCACCUAAGUUACCUGUACUCUGUUUUUACAUCCGAGAGGUUAAAACGUUACUGUUCUCAUUACAGGAGUUUGACUGAAGGCGGGUCAUUGGGUGAAGAUGAUUGAAUAGCCGUGUCUCUAAUUGUUGAAGGUAUUUUUUUUUUUGUGUAUUGGAGGCGUGUAAUUAGCCUUCUUGUUUAUCUGUUAAAAUGGCUGCCUGCGGUCUGUUGCUGGUGUCCUGCCCAGUCAUCCUCACCGCUUGCACUUUGAAAGGGAAGCUGGUCACCAGUCAGACGAGAAGCCCUGCGGCAUUGGUGUAUUAUGAGGGCAAAAUGAGGAAUAUGUCUUAAAAGUAGUCAAAUAUAGCCAUAUGAUACUGAUUUAAUAAGGGAUAGCUGCCCCGACUUCUGAGCAGAGUGUAAGUUUUAAAAACCGCUCACAGAAGUCAUAGGAGCUUGGAAAAAUGGGAAAUGCCAUCUUCUUCACGCCAUUUCAUUCAAUUUUGCGGUCAUCUUUUGGUCACCUUGGAUUAUUUGUGGUUUGUCUGGAGGUUCUGCUAGACCAUGUAAUACUGACCACUUGGCACGCAUCCUUCUUUCAACACUUCCUGACUGCGAUUGCAGAUUUGCUUUGUAUGGCUUCCUAAUUCCCGCUGUCUUUCUGGCAUGUUCCGUAUUAACAAUUUUUUAAAAUGUUUCCCACGUCUGCACUAUGCCUUAAUCAAUUGUGGGGGGAAUUUCAUCACUUUGGGGAAUAUGCGUUAGCCUUUGGUCCUUAUUAGCAUCACUGACCAGGUUUGUAAUGAUCACUAAACUUAUUUGCACCCCUGAAUACUAAUAUUAUGGUGAAUUCACUAAGGUUAUUGUAAAUAGUAAUGUCGGAUUUUGUGUUUUGAUGAUCAUUUUAAAAAGUAAAAAAGGGUAAACGCACAGGACAGAAUUUCUGGACCAUAGCGAAGUUAACUGAAGAUGCCAGCUUUCGGUGGAUCCAAAUGAUUAUCCCAGUUUAGGGAUUGUGUACAGUAAAUCGCACAUCACAUACGAUGCCUUACUUUUCAUGUUUAUGCUCGUGGUGAUGUUCUGUCUUCAGUCAAAAGAGCGAGAGUGAUGUUGUGCUUCACACGUGGAGCAGAUGCGUAGUCUGUUAUUGUAUCCUCAAAGGAUCUCCACUCAUCUGGGUCACCUCAUCUCCUACAUCCCUGACUGUUAUGUUGUGGUCACUGUUGCACUUUGCCUGUCCCGAAUAUCACCACCGGUAACUCGCUGUGAGCCGAUGGGCCAAGUCCAGCGCUCUCCGUGUCCGUAUCUCCCUCACCAUCACGUGUGGAUGCAGUAAUAACAACAAUCGUUAUGAUUAUAUAGUAGCAACUUUUCGGAUGAGUUUUGGAAUAUACGGAUCUGGACUUGGCCAGAUGCUUGCAGAGCAAUGUUGAAAUGGUCAGUAGGUCAGUAUGUCAGUACACCUUCAGUUCAAAUCAUGGACAAAAUUAUGAACAUUCUAUGGUUGGUUGUCAGAAUUGUUAUCUGAAAUGUAAUGUAAGGCGUAUGACCUCAGUAAUGAAGUGGAAUAAUGUUAAAUCCCAUCGUCUUUUCUGUGUGUAACAUUUCUACAGUUUGACAAGAAUGAGGAUGCCCCAGAACAAGUAAAAGAGCUAUAUUUA